AUACACACACACACCUUCACACACACACGCCCACACACACGUGUGUAAAGUCGUCUAUAAAUGCGAAGUUUUUGCCAGAGGUUUCAAACACGGCCAGUGGAGACCUGGCGAGAGACACGAAAAGUCGACUCAACGACUCGAACUCUUCCUGCAAGAACCGGUAGUUAUCUUCACGUGACAGCGAGGAUGCAGCACCAUCAACACCAUCACCACCAUCGCCAUCACCAUCAUCUGCUGAGGCUGCUGAUGGUGAUGCUGACGGUGGUUCUCAUGGCCACGGAAAUCGUCGGUUCAUCUCAAAUACGAGGGCUGGAGGAGGUAGAGGAUGUGGAGGUGCAGGAUGAGGUGCAGGAGGAGAUGGGGCAUCGGAGUCACAGCCAGGCAAACGAGCGUCUCCUCCGCUCCGUGCUGCACGAGGCGAUGGCUACGGUCAACGGAGCCUACAAAUACUCACGUGACAGAGUGAAGAGCCGCCUGGCGACCCGCGACGCGUCCCCCUCGGACCUUCUGGCCUUCUUCAAGCAGCCGGCGGGCGCCACCCGCACGGCCGUGAGAGCCGCCGAGGCUCUUGACGUCACCCUGAGCCUCCUACUCCCACGUCGCGCCAGGAGGGACCUCCACGGCACCGACUUCCUGAGUGCCCAGGACCUGGCCACGAUAGAGCGCGUCACCGGCUGUGGUGCUCAGCUACAGAUACCGCGAUGCUCCUCCGAUUGCUUCAGCGACAAAUACCAGGCACACAACUCGGAGUGCAACAACCGAGGCAACCCGCGUCUGGGUGCUGCCAACGUGGGUUUCGUGCGGUGGCUCCCGGCGGAGUAUGACGACAACGCCUCGCUGCCACGCGGCUGGGACGAGGAGAAGCUCCACAACGGAUACAAGCUGCCCCCGGUCCGCGUGGUGUCCAACGAGAUCGUGCGCCUGGUGGCGGGCGACGCUUCGUCGCGAGCCGACGAGGCGUCUCUGUCGCACGCCUUCGUGCAGUGGGGCCAGUGGACGGCUCACGACACAGACCUCACCCCGCAGAGCCCCAGCCUCCGCACCUUCGCCGGGGGGCUCGACUGUGCCACCUCGUGCGACCGCCGGGAGCCAUGCUUCCCCAUCAAGGUCCCAGCCAACGACACGCGCAUCAACAACACGGUGGACGCCUGCCUCCCCUUCUUUCGCUCGUCGCCCGUUUGCGGCACGGGCGACCGGGCCGCCGUCUUCGGCCUCGCCGGGAACGUGGGAAGUCGACGUCGUGAGCAGCUCAACGGCCUCACGUCCUUCGUGGACGCCGGGCAGGUAUACGGCAGCAGCCGAGCCGUGGCCCUGACCCUUCGGGGGGCGGACGGGGAGUUGCGGGUGAACGGCAACUACUCGGACGGAGCGUUCAGCCUCCUGCCCUUCGUGGAGGGCACGGGGGUCAGCGCCUGCGCGCUGAAUCGCGACAACGCGCUCGUCGGAGAGGGGGUGCCGUGCUUUCUUGCUGGCGAGGUUCGCACCAACGAGAACAACGCCCUGUUGGCGUUCCACGCCGUGUUCCUUCGCGAGCACAACCGAGUGGCCCGCGCCCUGCGGGAACUCAACCCCCACUGGGGGAGCGACUCCGUCUACUACGAGACGCGCAGGAUUGUCGCCUCCUACAUGCAGGUCAUCACGUGGCGCGACUACGUGCCCCGGGUGAUCGGACCGGCCGCGGCGAGCACCUGGCUGGGGCCGUACUCCGGCUACAACUCCAGCGCCGACCCCCGCAUCUCCAACGUCUUCGCGACGGCGGCCUUCCGCUUCGGACACGUGACCGUGCAGCCGGUGCUUCGGCGGCUCGGCGAGGACUACCAGGAGCACCCCCGCUACCCCAACCUCGCCCUGCACCAGGCCUUCCUGGCGCCCUGGAGGAUCGUCGAGGAAGGCGGAGUGGACCCGGUCCUGCGGGGCCUCAUCGGCAGUCCGGCCAAGCAGAACGCCCUCUACGAGAUGAUGCCCGACGAGCUGAGGGAGAAGCUCUUCGCUCUGACGAGACGCCUGGCCCUCGACCUCGCCUCUCUCAACAUGCAGCGCGGCCGAGACCACGGACUGCCUGGCUACAACUCUUGGCGUAGCUUCUGCGGGCUCCCCGUGCUGCAGACUCAGGCCGAGUUGGCGGCGGCGUGGAACAGCAGCGAGGUGGCAGGCCGCGUGUUGGCGCUGUACGGCAGCGCCGAUAACGUGGACGUGUGGCUGGCGGGACUCCUGGAGGUGCCGGUGCCGGGGGGACGAGUGGGGCCGCUGUUCUCAUGCCUCCUGGCACGACAGUUCGCGCUCAUACGCGACGGAGACCGGUUUUGGCACGAACGCGAGGGCCUCUUCACCCCGGCGCAAGUCGCCGAGCUACGCAACGUCAGCCUCUCACGUCUCAUCUGCGGCAACAGCGGCGUCCGCAAGGUGCCCCUGGAGGCCUUCCUAUACCAGCCGUACCCCCAGGGGUUCGUCGACUGCCAGGAGCUGCCCCCGAUCAACCUCCUGCCGUGGAAGGAGGAGACGCAGAAUACUCCAUGCGGUCCGGUGCCCUCCGUGCCCAACUCACACUUUUCCAUGUGUGGUGGCGGUGGUGGCGGUGGUGUCGGUGGUGUCACCCGCGUGUUGGCGGUGCGCUACGAGUGCCGAGACGGCUUCGACAUCGUCGGCGCGGACACCAUCAGCUGUGUGGGCAACUCCUGGGGGGAUGCACCCAGGUGUCGUGCGAUUGAUCCGUGCGCGGGGACCCCGCCGCCGUGCGCCUCCGAGCCCAACUCGGCCUGCCUGCCCACGGCGGAAGCCAGCGGCGGCCACCGCUGCGUCUGCCUCGCCGGGUUCCAGCCCGGAACGUCGGGACGGGGAUGCGUCGUGACCCCAGAUGCCUCCAGCGGCCUACUCAUCACCACUGUGGUCAUCAGCGCCGUGGCGCUAGCCUCCAUCUUGGCCGUGGGCAUCGCCAUCUGCACGUACCUCAAGCGCAUGAAGAGGACCCUGCUGGCCAAAGAGUCGAAUGUUUACGGCAACAAAUACGCAACCACGUGAUCCACGGUCGUUCGACGUCUCGCUCGGUCGAUCGGUUAGUCGAUCAAUCGCUCGAUCGAUUGAUCGCUCGCUCGCUCGCUCGCUCGGUCUGACUGAGAUGACUGGCUUCCUGAUGUGGGGUUUGACAUAGAGGGUUCUAGAUUUGAAGCUUUCGUGACUGCAAGGAUUCAUACUCUUCGGUUUUUUCGGUAAAGUCACGUAGGGAAAUAAAUAAAUAUUUCAUGAAAAUAAAUCAAUUAAAUCACGACGUUUCGGAGGCAACACAAGCUUCCUUCAUCAGGUGUAAAAGGCAGAGCAAAAUAACUAGUGAGUUAAUUGAUUUAUUUUCAUUUUAUUUUUUUACCUACGUGACUUUACCGAAAAAACCUAAGAGUAUAGAGGGUUCUUUUGAGCUUGUACCACGACAGAUCAAUUUGGAUGGAAGUCGAAAGGAGCUGUGUAUUUUUGUAUAAUUGUAUAAAAUAAUAUAAAUGUAUACUCCUGAUUUGUUUAAAAAAAAUAAAAUUCUUAAAUUAA